GAGUGCCUUGAUUAGUUCAAUUUACUUCAUCAGCACUCCCUUAACGGUCAAACAUCUCCAAAUACUUUUUAGUCGACGGAAUAGAGUUCUGCCUUCAGGUUAGGAGAUAUGACAAUUGUUUGAUUCUGGUAGGUAUUCCUAUUUUCCAGAAUCUAAGGGUGAAGAUGUGAUCAAUGCAUCCCCUGACUGGUCUUAUUCCUGCCUGGUUGUCUCGUGUUUGUUCCUCCCGAGCACCGCUUAGUCCACACAUGAUUAUUGAGCCUAGGAAUUCAGAUACUAUAUUGGUCAAGCUAGUCCCAGUAUGGUUUUCACAAGGAAACUUGUCACCCUUCUUGUACAUUGGGAUGACAAGUGAGUUACAUGAGUCCUACGGGACUAUCUCUGAUUCCCAAACGUUGCCUAGUGCCUUAGUUAGCCUAGACAGGAAUUUUUCGCCACUGUCCGUAAACACCUCUGAAGUCACUCCAUCAGGUCCCAUUGGUUUACCACGUUCCAGAUAAGAUACAGCUUUUGUAACCUCAGCUAGGGACGGUGUCUAUAUCUGUCUGUCUGUUUUUG